AAUGAUGUUUAGAUCUACCAGCGAUAAAAUGAUGCCACAGGAUAAAGAAAAUACACAGAUAUCAAUCCAUCAUAAGAUGCUGGUUGGAAUUUUUCAGGAAAUAAAACAUUGUUAAAAAAAACAUAUGACAGAUUCAAACUUCUGACUGGUCAAUGAGGUGUGAAAUUUACGGCUGGACAUUGAGUCAUUCUGCAAAGCAGGAAACAGGAGAGGUAUAUAAGCAUAACAUCAUCCAUUGAUUUCCAUAACCUCUUUGAAGCUACAAAGAAGGUACUUCCAGUCUUCCUUGAAAUAAUAAGAGAUGAUUGUGCUCCUUGUGUCGCUGAGUCUUGCUGCUCUUCUGGAACAGCCAGCUUCAAGAGCACAUGCACUUGGGGUUGGACCAGCUGAGCAAAAGCAAAUUCUUGACAAGCACAAUGCCCUGCGGAGAGAAGUGAAGCCAACUGCAAGCAACAUGCUCAAGAUGGAAUGGAGUCCUGAUGCGACAGCGAAUGCCGAACGCUGGGCAAAGAAAUGUCUUUUAGGCCACAGCCCACAAGACCAAAGAAUUGUUGAUGGCUUUCCAUGCGGUGAAAAUAUAUUUGCAUCAUCUCAGCCAACUUCAUGGAAUGACGUGAUUCAAGAUUGGUACGACGAGGUGGAAGAUUUCCAGUACGGUGUUGGAGCAGUCCGUCCAGGGGCCGUAACUGGUCAUUACACUCAGGUGGUUUGGUACAGGUCUUACAAAAUUGGUUGUUAUGCUGCCCACUGCCCUGAAAACCGCCUGAAAUACCUCUACUUUUGCCAGUACUGUCCUGCAGGGAACCUACAAGGCUCACUUGAAACCCCAUAUAAGUCUGGACCACCUUGCGAGGACUGCCCUAAUGCUUGUGACAACGGAUUAUGCACCAAUCCUUGCAAAUAUACAGAUAUCGGCACCAACUGCCCUGAAUUAGCGGAGUCAUACGGAUGUAAGAAUCAAAACAUACUGAGAGACUGCCCUGCUUCUUGCCUGUGUACCAAUGAAAUAAAAUAG